AUGGAAUAUACAGGAAUGUAUAAUGAUGAUUUUGUUUCUAUCAACUACUCAGAUAUUCCGCCAAAAUUUUCAACAAAUUCUUCCUACGUGUCCUCUUCUAAUAAUCCAUCCGUUUCGAUAACAAACUCGACCAUCACCCCGUUAUCAUCACCACCAUCCUCCUUACUGUCCCCCACUGUUCCAUUCCCCUCCUCUACUACAACUUCAACCACCUUCUUGGAUAAGAUUAAAUCUUUUAAACCAUCUUAUAACAAUCAACGAAGAAACACUUUGCAAUUCUCAAUAUGUAAGAAAUCGGGAUGUAACAAUCGUUUGAUAAUUGACGAUAGUAAAACCAUGGGUUACUGUAGCAUGAUGUGUCAAUUAAAUGAUUGGUCUCAACCUUCCACCUUAACCGAUUCAACUAAUGAUAACUGCGGACUGAGUGAGGAAGGUCAAUUGGACCUUGGAGGAAAUAACGAAUUAAGCGGGAUAAGAGAGAUGAAUUUCAACGCUCCAAAUGCUGGAAAUAGGUUUAGCGGUAUCAAUUUCAAGAACUUCAGUGCGACAAAAAGGGAGAUUGAUAAUGUUACGGUCAGAUUAGGUGAUCAGAAAAAACAAAAGAGGGUUAGCCCAUGUAUAAUCAAGAGGCAACCGACGCAACAACAGCAAAAGCUCGAGAGGAUUAAAUCUUGGAAUUAUUUCACUCAAAUUUUACCUUCAAAUCAUACCAAUAUCGUAGAUUAUCCCUCUCCCUCGCAUAAUCUAACGAGCUUUAAUUUGGGAUCCACCUGCUUGGAUUAUGAUGAGAAUGAUUCACACUACUCAAAUGAUUUUCAUAAUCAUGGUAUAAUACAGAAUAUCAAUAAUAAUCAGCAAAAUUAUUUUGUCUUAAAUAAUGACGAUCUCGUUGAUGCUGCUGCUCAACCACAACAACCAUUGAGCUUUGAUAAUACAUCAGAAUUUGUUAUAAUGACAACAUGUUCUGCUUGUACGUUUUUAAAUGAUUCUAGAUCUAUUAUGUGCGUAUUAUGCCAUAAUCCAUUAUCUCCACAAGAGUUAAACAUUUCUUAUCUCGACGACAACUAUAACGUGCCAUUUUCUCAACCUUAUUCACUUCCUUCCCAACCGCAAAUACAACAGCAGUUACAACACCAAAUACAACAACAACAACAAUCACUACAACCACAUCCACAACUACAAUCAAAUGUCCAACAACAAUUGCCAUUUCCUCGACUUCAUUCGCAUCCUUCCCAACCACGAUUACAACGACAGUUAGAACAACAAAUACAACAUUUACAAAUUCAACGACAGUUACGACCACCAACUACACAACAAUUUCAACCACAGUUACAACCACAAUUUCCAAUCCAAUCACAAACACAAGAACAGCUGGGACAACAUUUGCAAAUGCAACAAAAUGUUCAACUGCAAAUGCAACAAAAUUUUCAACUGCAAUUUCAACAACAACAAUUACAAUCACAGAUGCAGCAAUCGCAAGUGCAACAGCCGUUACUACCUAAACGACAACAAUCUCAAUUACGAACAAAUGCACUUCUACGUAUAAAUGCACUACAACGCAUACAAUUACGACAAAAGUUAUCACAACAACGAUUACAACAACAACGAUCAAAACAACAACGAUUACAACAAUUAAAACGAUUACAACAAACAUCACAUCUACAAACACAACCCCAGUCGCAACCACAACCACAAUUAUUAAGUAAUUUUUCAUUUCCGACAUCAAUUCCUUCCACCCCCACAUCCUUUAACGCGUCUGAUCCAACAAAUAAAUGCGUAUUAUCAAAAACCAAAUUAAACGUUCUUUCCGAGGGAGAUGCAGAAUAUAACCAAAUACGAGAUUAUUUUUUUAUUGGUUUACCUCACGCUAAUAUACAUUCUAUAAUUCAAUUACAAAUGCCUACUAAAUUAAUUAAUGCUCAUGCACAAUAUAAACAUACUUCAUUAUUAAAUCAUUUAUCGACAACGCAAGAAGACAAUUUGGAUAAGUUUACAUAUAGAAUGUUUCAUGGUACCAAAAUUAGUUGUAAUCCUAAGCGGCUCAUUAAUGGGCAUAAUAGUUAUUGCAUGUUUAAUUGUGGUAUGUGCGGUAUAAUACAAAAUGGAAAUCAAAGAAAAUAUAGUAGAUUUAAUGGAAGAAUGUGGUUUGCUAAUAAUUCGGCUAUAUCACUGGGAUAUUGUAAUUUAUCAACUUCCAGAACUUUAUUUAAUUGUACACCUUUUGCUUCAAAGAGUUCUUUAUUGGCCAUGUUUGUUGUCGACGUUGUCUCUUAUAAUUCUAGUGAUAUUAUUAUCGUUGAUAAAGAUGAGGCUACGCUACCUAGAUAUUUGAUAUUAUUUGAAAUCGGAUUUUAA